ACGCCAGGAGCGAGCUAGUCCGAACUUCCGGGUGUUACGACAUGCGUUUGCCCAGCGGGGUGGGAGGAACAUCCUGCAUGUGCCUGAUUCCACUAUCUGUUUUAUUCACUGGUACAACAGAUGAGACUGAGCGCUGGGUGCUGAACAGAAAACACACACCGCUUUACUACUUUCACACUCUCUCCCACAGCGGAGAUCCUGGACACACUUUCAUCCGGAGGGACAUUGUCAGUCUCUCUCACACACACACACACACACACACACGACGCGUGACUGAGACAGCGCGAUGGGGAUCCUGUAUUCAGAGCCCAUUUGCAAAGCAGCUUACAGGGGUGAACUCCACCAGGUGUACCAGCUGCUCAAGGCUGAUUCCAAGAAUUUAAAUGUUCAAGACGAAUUAUUUGGAGACACACCACUCAUUGCUGCCUGUAAGGGUGGAAAUGUCAACAUGGUCAAAUACCUUUUAGAUAAAAAAGCUGAUGUGUCCAUCAGAAACAAGAAAGAAAGGACUUGCCUGCACUAUGCUGCAAAAAGGACAUUUUCUUUCUUGGAUUACCUCAUGAUUGUUAUUCUCAUGCCCAUCUUAUUGAUUGGGUAUCUUAUAAUGAAAAAGAUACAGAACGAGCAUGUGAAGCUGCUGGACAUGGUGUUAAACACAAAAGCCGACAUUAACGCUGUAGACUAUGCAACACUCCGCUUCACUAUGCUUGCCAGUGUAAAAGUCACCUACAUGUUUCACUGUUACUGAAGGCGAACGCAGAUACUUCGAUAAAAAACAAGGAUGGUGAAACACCGCUGGAUAUUGCAGUCAGACUAAAAUUCCAAACAAUCAUAGUAAUGCUUGAAAAAUCUAAAUGACAACAUUGACUGUUUGGGUGCAAAAGGCUGAUUUUGAGAUGCGUAUAACUGUGAUGAAA